GCCCCGCGCUCUUCAGUUGGCUCAGGCCCUCCGUUUGAAGGGUCGUGGACCUGCUCGUCAUGCCUUGCCGGGGAUUAAGCGAAGUCUCUACCGCGAGGUAUUGGAAGCGAUGAAUGCAGGUGAGAUGAGCUUCCCCGGCCGUGUGCGAGGGGUGGACCGCGUAGCGAAGCUCUGA